CACACAGAACGUCCCCUCAAAAAGACCUUUUCACUUGUGGUCUUUUUUUCGUGCUACUUUGUAUUCUUUUGUUUUGGUGGCUCUUUGAGUCUUUAUCAUUUCCAAAGAUCCUAGACACUCACCGAGUAGAGGCGAAGAGGCAGAUCUCUCAAACAUGUUUCCUCCGCAGCAGGGCACCUCGCUCGACAUCGAAGCUCUUUCGGGCAUCUGUGGUUCCAUCUCGAUCGCGUGCUGGGUCGUCGUCUUUUCCCCUCAGAUCAUCGAAAACUUUCGGAGAGGUUCGGCCGAUGGGUUAUCGAUCGUCUUCAUCGUCGUCUGGCUGGCCGGCGACAUCUUCAACAUCCUUGGCGCCAUCCUCCAAGGCGUCCUCCCCACCAUGAUCAUCCUGGCCGUCUACUACACCCUGGCCGACAUCGUCCUGCUGUGUCAGUGUUUCUACUACCGCGGUUUCACCCUGAGCGACGAAGUCGUCAAAGACGCCGCGUCGAACGGCGGCCACGACGCCGAGACCCGGCCCCUGUUGCACAGCGGCUCAGUCACACAACCUCCGUCCCGGGACGAGGACGGGAUCUCUGCUCUGAGGCCGCAGGUGCAGCACCAGCACCGACACUCUUCCGUCGACGGACGCCACCUGUCGCCCGUCGUCCCACUCAUCGACCCUCCCAAGCCUUCCGACCCUCCCACCCCGGCGGGUGCCCUGAAGCCCUCCAGCCCUCUCCAGACGGCCGUCUUCAACGUUUUUGCCAUCCUCCUCGUGUGCGCCGCCGGCGUUUUGGGGUGGUGGAUCGGCAACCACGGGUCCCACCGCCACCGCCACGUCAAGGACGAAGGACCGGCCAAGCUCGAGUUCGACACCCUGGGCCAGGUCUUUGGAUACCUCUGCGCCGUGCUCUACCUCGGAUCCAGAGUGCCACAACUCCUUCUCAACUACAGACGCAAAAGCACCGAGGGCGUCUCGCUGCUCUUUUUCCUCUUUGCUUGUCUCGGAAACCUCACGUACGACAUGUCCAUCUUUGCGUACGCACCCGUGUGCGCCAGACCUGGCCACUGUGCACCGGGCGAGGAAAAGUCACUGUACCUUCGGUACAUUGCGGUGAACGCGAGCUGGAUCGCCGGCAGUCUGGGCACGUUGUUGCUGGACAUGGCCAUCUUUGUACAGUUUUUCCUGUACAAGAAGGACGACGACGAGGAUUAUUCGGAUGUUGCGGUCGAGGAGAAUGAACGAUGACGGGUCCGGCACUGCCCCUUCCAAUCCAACCUGCAAUUUCGCUUUCUAUGUAGUUCAGAUCUUGUCACCAUGUACGGAGUACAAAACUUUGCAUAUCAUCUGGCGUUUUUCUGCUCGGGGAAAAAGAAAUCAUCCACCUUGUUAGGGUCUACGAUUCACGGGACUCAAAAAGGUGUCGGUGCAUCAGAUCCCCCGGCUUUGGCUAUACAGUACGAGGAAAAACUUUUGAUCAAAACUUUACCAUUUCUCAUCCCUCCUAGCUCGAUAAAAUUCAAUGGAGCUUCUCUUUUACAUGCGCC